UUUUCCCGCCUUUUCUCUUUUCAUUAUUUUCAAACUGUUCUCUAUAAUUCUCUCUCUGUUUUGCUUUAUCUUUAUGAGGAACCCCUCAGCUUCGCCUUCAGCUGUCAAAAUUACUUUGUGAAGUUAUAAAGCUGGAGCUCAUCGAUCAUCAAACACAACGGUGAAUAAGCUGUUACAACUGCAAUUUUGCUGUUUCUGCGUUCUCAGGGCGGUGUAGAACCAAUGUCGGUUGAUACACGACGAUAUUUACGGGAUGACCAAACAAGCAAUUGUCGGAGUUUUGGAAGCAUUAAUCAUCCCUCUAGCCAAUCGAGAAAGAUAUCCAUUGGAAUUAUGGUAGACCAAUUAGCCAAGAAAAAGUCUGGAGUCACAAAGGAAGGGGAGGUUGUGGUGCCAAAUGCAGAAAUGGAAAAAUCUAACUUAGGAAAUACCACACAGGGAAAAAGCAAGAAGGAAGAAUUCACAGCUUCCAAGAAAGCAAAACAAACUAAGGAUCCACAGCAGGUGAAUUCCCCAUGGAUUACUACUACAUCAUUCCACCAGAAAAUGCGGACUUCAGAUACCGUUCUUCAUGCAAAACAAUAUUCUAAUUUGCCAUCUGGUAGUGGGAAGCAGUACAAACUUGAUGGAGCAAGGAAUGCACCACUUACAUAUUCUGUUCAGUUUUUUGCAAACCAAACCUCGUUUUUGGAGUCGGAUGGUAAGAAACAGAAUAACUUUGAUAGAGUUAACUACCAAAAGAAGGAAGUGAAGGAUGGAGCAGUGGAGGUCCAAGAUUUCACAUUUGAGACUGCGAAGGAAGUCAUAAUGUCGGAUAAGGAGGUGCUAGUGGAUAAAGCAGUUGCAACAGAAGGCAGAAGAACUGAAACUCUCAGAAUGAAGCUUUGGGAGAUUUUGGGAACUGUUUCUUCACCAGAUGAUCAGCGUUCCAAAUCUCAGCUUCAUAAGGUUGGUGACGAUAAUUUAAAUCCACAGCAGGAAUUUGAUCAAAUGGGUGCCACAGUCAUCAAGUCCAAGCAGAAUUCUGAUAAACCAGGGCAAAAAUAUGAUGAAAAGGGUGAUGCAUCUAUCAAUCCCAGACAAAAUUCAGAUACUAUAGAAAUGGAUUCUGAAAGUCCUGAUAAUAUUGUCAGGAGACCAGUGACUCGUUCUUUGAGCCGAAAGAGAGCUCCAACUAAAAAACAACAUAGAACUGCAACAAAUGGUCCAUCCCCUGGUUACAAAAUGAAACAUAGAGAGGACAGCAUAUUUUCUUUUGAAGAAUGCUGCGAAAAACUACAUGGUUCUUUUGCUGGUGGAUCCUCAAAGUCUACACGGAAGAAGAUAGAGAACAAAAGUUUCAGAACUGAGUUUCCUGGGAUCUGCCUUCCGGAAAAGGAUAAGUCAACUAAGAUUCAGCAACCAAUUAAUAAGAGUGAAACACCAUCACCUGCUAAGCAAGCUACUUCUGUAGAUAAGACAAUGGGAAAUUUUCAUGGUUGCCUACCUGAGAAUGAAAGAGAGUAUCUUGAACUGGAGAAGAAUAUCCAAGAGCAAGAAAUCUAUCAAUCACCACUGACCAUCAAGAAAUUUAAACGAGACUUUGACUCUCUAGAUAAUAAAGACCAACAUGAAGAUGACAAUGGCAAUCCAAGCUUGAAGAAUGAUGCUAAUCCAGAAGAUGAUUAUCUAGGUCCAACAUUUGGAAUUAAAACACCUGUGUCAAGCUCUUCUCCUAGCUCAAUCCCAAAAUCAGACCAAGUUAGUAGUCCUGCACAAUCAGAGAGGAGAUUUACUGUGGGAGAUAUUCAUAGUUUCAGGACUUUCUGGACUUCAAAACAAGAUUUUUGUGAUAAUGGACAAACAAAAUCUUCUGAUACCGUAGAAGAGGAACUCAAGGAUUCUCCAUUGAGAAAAACAGCACCUGACGUGGAAGAAAAUGAUGCAGAAGAUGGCCUGUUUUUAUCAUCAUCUGAAGAGAGAGACUUGGGGAGUUGUGAAGAAGGUUCUCCCAUUAUCCACGGACAUGACUGGACUGGAGAAGAUAAUUGGAUAGAGGAACCUUCAGAGCCUAACCAAGUUGAUGGACUGGCUAGGGCUGUUGAACUGUUUGCCUUGGAAUUAGAAAAACUUAAAACCAAAUUGAGGUCAGCAACUAAUAGGAAAUCCUCUGAAAUUCUGAUGUCUGUUGCCGGGGAGGUACAUAUGCAGCUGCAGAAUGUUGAGUCUCAGAUUCAAACGGACGUGGGAAAGCUCACAAACCUCAGUAAAUCAAAGAGAAAAAGGCUGGAAUCAAGGUUUGAAGAGCAACAAGAACACUUGAAAGUGAUUUAUGACAAAUUCAAGGAACAGGUCAAUCAGCAUCUUCAAGAUUGCAGAAGCACACUUGAAGGGCUGGAAGUGUACCAGACAGAGUUCAAGGGAACUGUGGAAAAGCAAAAAGCAUCACACAGAAAGCUUCUGUUGCAAGUGGAAGAAGCAAUUGAGACUCAACUCAAUGAUGCCCAAAGAAGAAUCCAAGUCAUGCAAGAGAUGGGACGUGGGAAGAUGCUCCAGUUGAAACACGAACUGGCUUUGUGUUUGAAAGAGGGUAUUCUAAGUUGAUUACAAGGCGUACAGCUCACUAGAAAGAUAGGACUUUGCUUAGAAAUAGAGACAGGCCCCAAGUUUGCUUCUUGCAAGUCUUGAAAGCAACACAUUGGUCCCUAAUAACAUUUACUGCUUAGAAAUUAUCAGUAAUCUCUAUCUUUGGUUUUGUUGUAACAUGUUUGUAUAGUUGAACAUGGAGUAAGGAAAGCAAAGGGAGGACUUAUUUCCUUUUUUUUUUUUUUCGCCACAUAAGGUAUUUUUAUAGUACAUUACAUAUUUUAGAAUACCUAGAUGUCUUUAUACAUA